AUGGCAAGUGAUUUAGUUGUCUUGAAUAGAAGAAAGGGGAGUAUUAGAGGACAGUUGACAAAACUGCGAACAUUCAUUGAAAAAGGAGAACAUUUAACUGAAUCGACAGUGAUUACCCAACUGGAUAUUCUUUCGAGAACAAGUACAAGAUUUGAAGAACUGAGAAACGAAUAUUAUAGGACUGUGUCGGACAAUGACUUUGAUCAAGUGGAAUCCAAUCUAUCCGAACUCGAGGAUGAAAUUUUGAAAAUAGAGGUAAGCCUCAAAUCCAUUUUACAUGAUCUCAAAUCUACUUCUGUUUCUAAUUCUACAAAUGGUGCUAUUAUUAAAGAGUCCAUAGAUAAAGUUACUUCAAUUAGAUUACCGGAAAUACCUCUUCCAUUGUUUAACGACCGCGAAUCUCGAAAGCAGUUUGAACUUUCCUUAGUAAACAAGGAAGUUCCUGAUUUUGAUGAUUUCAUAGAAUUUUUAGAAAGAAGAUAUCAAGUUUUAAAUGCCAUUGGGCACAAUAUUCCAUACAAAUCUAAAUAUUCGGAUGUUAGUGAACAGAAAAAUAAAGCACGAACUCUAUUUGUUAAGCCAUCGAAUAAUCCCAAGUAUUGUAUACUGUGUAGAAACGCUGAUCAUCCAUUGCAUAAAUGCGAUCAGUUUUUGCAAUUCUCCCCGCAAAAGCGAUAUGAAACUGUUCGAGAAAAACAUUUAUGUUUAAAUUGUUUCGGAUCUCACAAAAUCGCUCAAUGUAAAUCGAAACACACUUGUUUCACUUGCAAAGCAAAGCAUCAUACUCUAUUACACCGGAUGCAGGUGUCUACAGUAAGCGAUGACUCAUCCUCAAUAAAUUCAAGGCAGACUCCCUCAGUUGCUGACCCCUGUUCGUCGUGCAACCCUUCCCCCCUGACUUCCUGUUUCGUUACGCAGAAGAAAAGAGUCAUUCUAGCUACGGCUGUUGUUUAUGUUUUGGAUAGUUUCGGAACUGUCAGAAAGGGUAGGGCUUUAUUAGAUUCUGGAAGCAUGUGUAAUUUGAUGACAUCUGAUUUCGCCAAUGCACUUGGUUUAAAGAAAGAAAAAAUAAAUGUUCCAAUAUCAGGGAUUUCCGAUACUACUCUUAAUGUGAAAAGAAAAAGUACCUCCACUAUUUUGAACUCGGAUGGUUCUUUUACUGCAACACUAGAUUUCUUGGCCAUUCCGAAAAUCACAGAUUUAAUGCCAUCCACAUAUAUUGAUUUAGAAGGAAUAGAAAUUCCGCCUUACGUCCAAUUAGCAGAUCCGGAAUUCUUUUCCCCCAAAAAAGUGGAUAUAUUAAUAGGGGCAGAAAUAUUCUUAAGUAUCUUAAAAGAAAAUAGAUUUGAUAUAAAUAAUUCCUUAAUUUUGCAAGAAACUGUAUUUGGACAUAUAUUAAGUGGAACAAUUCAAGGUAAACAGGAAUCACAUCAUUGUGGUUUAAUCUCUCAAAUAGAUAACUUAGAUAAUUUGUUAAAGAAAUUUUGGGAAGUUGAAAAUAUUUUAGAUACACCUACAUCUAAAAACAAAGAAGAAUUAGAAUGCGAAGAAAAUUUCAUGCAAACUUAUCGUAGGGAUGAGCAAGGUAAAUAUAUUGUUAACCUUCCUCUUAAGAAGAAUAUGCAAUUAGGCAAUUCCAUUCAAACUGCAAAACAAAGAUUAGAUAGUCUCUGGAAGCGAUUAAAUAAUGAUCCGAAUUUUUCUAAUCUUUAUUGUAAUUUCAUGAAAGAAUAUGAGCAAUUGGGUCAUAUGCAAAAAUUAGAUAGUAUUGAGAAUGUAAAAUAUGUCAUGCCUCAUCACGGCGUUUACAAGGCUGAUAGUAGUACAACAAAGUUACGCGUAGUUUUCGAUGCCUCUGCUGCAUCUACUUCAGGUGUAUCUCUGAAUAACUGUUUGCUAAAAGGAGGUGUUGUUCAAGAUGACUUGUUUUCAAUCUUAUUGAGAUUCCGAAAGCACAAGGUUGCAUUUACUGCUGAUGUCAAGAAAAUGUACAGACAGAUUUGGGUUAAUCCUGAGCAGUGUAAUUUUCAAUGCAUUCUUUGGAAAACUAGGAGUUCUGAGGAACCUUCAUUUUAUAAGCUUCUUACAGUUACAUACGGCACCAAAUCUGCUCCCUACUUAGCUACGAGAGUGCUAAACCAAUUAGCAAUAGAUGAGCAACACAAAUUUCCUUUAGCAUCUGCUGUAACCUUAAAAGAUUUUUAUGUUGAUGAUGUUCUCUCUGGUGCAGAUGACGUUUCUACUGCAAUAAAAUUACAGCAAGAAUUGAUUUCUUUUCUAAAAGCUGGUGGCAUGGAUUUGCACAAAUGGUGUGCAAACAAUGAAAUGCUUUUAGAAUCUGUUCCAUCUGAAGAUCAAGGUUAUCAGUUUGGUGAUUCUGAUAAAAAUACAAUUAAAACACUUGGCUUGAAAUGGAACCCAAAAGAAGACUGCUUUGGUUUCAAUGCAACUCCAUCAACUAGCAUUCCCACAAAGCGAACUGUUUUGGCUGAUAUAGCUAAACUUUUUGACCCACUUGGUCUUCUAGGACCAGUGACAGUAAAGGCAAAGAUCUUCCUCCAGAGAUUGUGGCUACACAAAAUUGAAUGGGAUCAAGUGUUACCACAUCAGGAAAAGCACGAAUGGGAAAUAUUCAGAUAUUGUUUAGGGGAUAUUACAAAGAUGCAAAUUCCUCGUUGCAUUCUAACUGACUCCAUCAAGGAAGUUGAACUACAUGGUUUUGCUGACGCAUCGAAAGAUGCUUAUGGUGCAGUCAUCUAUCUUCGUUGUGUUACUAUAUUGAAUCAUGUGAAAGUUUCUCUACUAUGCAGCAAAUCUAAAGUUGCUCCAAUUAAGGUGAUGACAAUACCCCGUCUUGAGCUAUGUGCUGCUGAGCUUCUUGCUAAGCUCGCUUCUAAAACUGUGUCAUCUCUUAACCUGAAAAUAGAUAAAAUUUGCCUCUACUCAGAUUCGACUAUAGUGCUGGCCUGGAUUAAUACUUCAUUGCAUCUACUUAAAGUGUUUGUGUCAAAUAGAAUUUCCCGCAUCCAAGAGCUGACGAAAGAAUUUUCCUGGCAUCAUGUAAAAACUUGUGAAAAUCCUGCUGAUAUUAUUUCACGUGGUAUGACUCCUCAUCAACUUAUGAACAAUCAUUUGUGGUGGAAUGGUCCACAGUUUCUUCAACAAGUUACUGUUGAACUUAGUGAUGAAAGUAACAUUCCUACUGAUGACGAAUAUUUUCAUGAACUGAAAGGAGAGACUACUAAGACUCUAACUUUAAGUGUGGAUGCUACAUUUUUAGAUUUACUUUUAUGUGUUACUAACAAAUAUUCUAAAUUAAUUCGUAUUGUAAGUUUUCUUUUUAGGUUUUGUAACAAUUUAAGAAAUCCUAAGAAUAGGUUGUAUGGACCUCUUUCUACAGUAGAAUUACAAAGGGGUAAAUCAUUCUUGGUAAAAUCUGUGCAAGAAAUUGCAUUUCAGAGUGAUAUAAAUUUACUUCUUCAUGGAAAACAACCCACAGAUAUUGUUUCUGAUCUAACUUCUGAAGCAUUCAUUGCAUGCCUCAAAAGGUUCUUUUCAAGACGAGGUAAAUCGCAAUUUAUUUUUAGUGAUAAUGGUAAGAAUUUUGUAAGUGGUAAUUCUGAAUUAAAGAGAUUAGCUCUUAUGGUAACUAAACAUGAUGAAUAUUUAUCAAAUUUUUUAUCUGAAGAGGGCAUUCAAUGGAAAUUUCUUCCACCCAGAGCACCUAACUUUGGUGGCUUAUGGGAGGCAGGUGUCAAAUCCUUCAAAUACCAUCUAAAACGUGUUGUUGGAGUUUCAAAGUUAACAUAUGAGGAAUUUUUUACUAUUCUGCAUCAGAUAGAAGGAAUUUUGAAUUCCCGUCCUAUUACUCCUUUGUCUAGUGACAUGGGCGAUCUGGAAAUUCUGACACCUGGACAUUUUCUCAUUGGUCGGCCAAUCACAUCCAUUGUUGAACCAAAUUUAACAAACCCGGAAAGUAAUAGAUUGAAUUUAUGGCAAAGAACCUCAAAAAUGGUACAAGUCAUAUGGAAAAGAUGGCAAAAUAAUUAUUUAAGUACUUUGCAACAAAGACAUAAAUGGAUAAUUAAGAACCAAAAUUUAAAAAUUGGUGACAUGGUUUUGCUCAAAGAAGAAAAUCUUCCAUGUUUUAAAUGGAUUUUAGGUAGAAUUGUAAAUGUAUUCUAUGGUAAAGACAAUGUAUGCUAG